AUGGCAUCCCUCGGCGCGCCUCUCAGCGUGCAGGAGCUCACGGAUCAGGCGUCAAAGUAUGAGUACAAUGCGUAUAUUCCCCUGCGGAACUGGCUGCGCACGGCGAGUAUGAUGCACAAGCAGGCGCAAGUGUAUGCAGCAGAAGGUAACGAUCCACAAACAUAUCUACUGUUGUACAGACACGCGAACCUUGUCCUCGAACACCUCACGAACCAUCCUGAGAAGAACCUCCCUGAGAAUCGUAAAGCCCUGAGUGCUGCGACGGCGGCUGUAGGCUCCGACAUCCAGACGUUAGAAGAUAUACGACCGCGCAUAAAGAAGAGACAUGAGGAAUUCCACGCAAGACGACAAGCACAGCAGAACGCUUUACAAUCGUUAGAAGGGAAGAGCGUGCGACUUGUCGCCCAGGAAUUGGAUGGUCCGUCGCGGGCAGCAGACGGAAGAAGUUAUGAGAAGCAAACCUUGGAUGCUUUGGAAAACCAGACGCUGGCGGCGAAACUGGCACAGAGGGAAGUGAGAAGAAGAGAUGCUGCGCGGAGAAGUGUCCGGCAAGCUGGCGUGUCGGAACAGGAAGAGAGUGAGAGAAGAACGGCUGGCAUGUGGGGAGAUUGGGAGAAAGAGCUCAGGCAUCAUAGUGCGGAAGCGGAUGGUGAUCUUUCGGCUCAGCUCCAGGAGGUAGCACGCAUGCAACAGAACGGGCAUCAGGUAUUGAAUUACACGGUAGGUCACUGUUCAAGAUCAAGACACGAAACUAACAUUCACAGCGGCCAUACCCGGAGACCUCUACCUCGUACCACUACCCUUCAGUACCAGGGAAACAAGAUCGGUGGGCAGAGUCACAUUCACAACACAUCUCAGAACCUCACGCACCCGCUCGACCACCAAAAGAGCACCUCCCCCCCCGCCCUACGAUCCCUUUGCUAUCCCACCCGCUCUCCCACCGAAACCCUCAAGGCAGCUCACUCCCAGGUCACUUUCCGAACAGCAGCCACAACCACCCCCAAUACCAGGGAAAUACGCCGACACUACACCCUAUACACCUCCCGUGCCUAG